AUGAGUUCUUCAGACAAGAAACCUUGGAUUGAGACUCCUCUCAUCGAGUCUUCUACGCUCUCCAAGCACGCAGGAUGUCGCAUAUUUCUAAAGUUGGAGCUUCUACAGCCAUCCGGCUCGUUCAAGUCUAGGGGAAUCGGCAACCUGAUCCUCUCGGAGCUCCAGAAGAAUAGCAACAAAGGCAAGACCGUCCAUUUCUUCAGCUCGUCCGGUGGUAAUGCCGGUCUCGCUGCCGUUCACGCCGCCCGCGACCUGGGCUGUCCGUGUACUGUGAUUGUUCCACAUAGCACGAAACCAAUGAUGAUCGCCAAGUUGCGAGAUGCAGGGGCUUCAGAUGUGAUUCAGCAUGGCGCUAGCUGGUUCGAGGCAGAUUCGUAUCUGAGGCGAGAGUUUAUCGAGAAUCAGGUCGUUUCCGACUCCGGCUCCGGACAGGAGAGCGCAGAUGCGGGUCUACGUCGUGAUUCAGUCAAUGUUUACGUGCCGCCAUUCGAUCACCCCUUGAUCUGGGAGGGUGCUGCAAGCAUGGUAGAGGAGAUGGCGAGGCAAUUGCCUCCUCGAAGAUCCGACAAAGAGGGUGCCUCGUUCCCAGCCGACGUGGUCGUAUGUAGUGUCGGGGGAGGCGGCCUAUUCAACGGUGUUGUCGAAGGAAUCGAGCAGCAUCUGAAACGAACCACAUCCAUGAUGUCAGGCGACACUGCUCGCCGACAUCAACCAGUGCGCGUGCUGGCCGUCGAAACAAAAGGCGCCGAUUCACUGGCAUACUCUCUUCGUCAGGGAAAGCUCUCGUCUCUAACCGAAAUCACAUCUCAAGCGACCUCGCUCGGCGCUCUGCAGGUUGCACAAAAGACGUUCACUAAUGCAAGCUCCCCUCCGUAUGGCAUUGAAGUGAUCAGUGUCGUUGGAUCUGAUGCCGAGGCUGCCAAGGGGUCCUUGCGUUUGGCCGAUGAGACGAGACUGCAGGUGGAGUUGGCUUGUGGAAUCGGACUGGAAGUGGCGACCGGACAGCGGCUGCGAAAAGCGAUUCCCGACUUGAAGCCAGAGACCAGGGUGGUGGUGAUUGUUUGUGGCGGAAGUAAUAUUACUUCGGAAAUGUUGGCAGAGUAUAGAGCGAAGCUUCAGGGUGGCUGGGAGUGA